ACCCAAGACAUCAGGUAUCAAACACACUUCGUUCAUUCAUUGCUAAAAUCUUGGAAAACAGAAGACAAUAAACCAUGAUUUCCGCAUCCGUCCAGUCUUGGUCCUCGUUCCCGGAGCGUCACAAACGCCAGCUGCUUAUGGCUACUUGCUACACCAACUUCAAUGUAAAGGAUAUGGUGCCUUCAGCGCUCCUUUUACCAAGUGUCGGUGCUACCGAACAUAUCACUGCCGCGGAUGAUGCGGAAUAUGUGCGUUCGCGUAUGCUUCUUCCGGUUCUCGACAUUGAGCAACACAACGUCAUUGUAAUCAGCCAUUCUUAUAGCUCAAUUCCAGCUAGUGCAGCUGCUCGGGGACUGUCCAAAGCGGACAGAAUUGCUGAGGGGAAGAAGACAUGGGUCUUGGGUCAGAUAUUCAUCGCUGCAGUUGCUGCCAAAGGAGGGGAUGGAUUGGAUCUUGUCGCGAAUAUUGGCGGGCAUAUGCCACCCCACAUUCGCGUUGAUGCAGUUCCCUACGCGGCACAAACCAUGAUGUUACAGGCUACAGGGAAGGAGUGGAAUACCUGGGAGAUUGAGACAGGCCACAGCCCGCAACUCGCAGCGCCAGAGAAACUAGCUGAUAUUCUGGUACAGAUAGCAAAGAUGUUUGAGGCACUGUAG